AUGCCAUCCACGACUCAACAAUGGAUCCUGGCCAACCAGCCCACCGGUCACCCUGUCCUCUCGGGCCCCUCUGCAACCUUCAAGCUCGAAUCCACCUCCCUCCCUAAGCCCACCGCCACUCAAGCCGUCCUCAAGAACGUCCUAUUCUCCAACGACCCCGCUCAAAGAACCUGGAUCACCCCCGGCCUCGACCCAGAGCGCAUGUACUUGCCGCCCGUCCCCCAGGGCGCCCCCAUGAGCUGCUUUGCCCUCGCCGAGGUCGUGGAGUCUGGCUCGCCCAACGAGCUCGCUGUCGGUAACCUUGCUGUGGUUCCUACGAGCUGGAGUGAGUACUCGGUGCAUGAGAUCAAAGGGCUUCAGGUAAUCAAGCCGAUUGAGGGUCUUGAUUUAGGACACUUCCUUGGUGCGUUGGGAUUUACCGCGUUGACUGGAUACUAUGGCAUUAAGGAGGUUGCAAAGGCGACCAAGGAUGAUACGAUUGUUGUCUCUGGCGCUGCAGGCGCGACCGGAAGUAUGGUUGUGCAGAUUGCGAAGAAGAUCAUCGGGUGCAAGCGGGUGAUCGGUAUUGCCGGCACAGACGAGAAGUGCCGCUGGGUUGAGAAGCUCGGUGCGGACAUCUGUAUCAACUACAAGAAGGACACCUUUGAGCAGGAUCUCAUCAAGGCCACCGAGGGCUUUGUCGAGGUUUACUAUGACAACGUCGGCGGUUCAAUCCUCGACCUUAUGCUCACGCGCAUGAAGCGCCACGGCCGCAUCGCUGUCUGCGGCACAAUCUCCAACUACAACACCCCUAACCCUACCGGCAUCAAGAACUUCUUCGAGGUCGUCUCCAUGCGCAUCAACAUUACCGGAUUCAUCGUGACCGACUACAUCCACAAGCUCGGUGAUGUCGUUGCGGAGCUCUGUCAGGCCUGGAUGGAAGGAAAGAUCAUUAUCGAUGACUCAAUGCAGACGGUUGUCGAGGCCAAGUUUGAGGAGGUGCCGGCUGUAUGGAUGAAAUUGUUUGAGGGGGCCAAUACGGGCAAGCUUUUGACGAAGAUUGUUCAGUAA